AUGGGCAAAGGUUUUGUAUUCAUUGACGGCACUAAGUCGGAUAGGUCUACGAAGAGGGCUGCCCGCAGCCAUGCAAUGAGGGAGAAGAACGUUGGGAAGACGCAUCACCGUGGUUUGAAACCGGCUCAAGGCAAGCCUGUCCUGUCAACUUUGCAAGGACAUGACGGUAGACGAGGCAACUCGUCGUCAUCGCAUCGCUUCCCUGAUAAAUCAGAUCCGCUCCUCCUUUCCCGGACGCUGCCUCCGCUUCUGUCAAUGGAAUUCGCGCCUUGGAGUCUCGAGGUAGUCAAGACAUACUUCACAUCGGUUCUAAUGGCUGUGUAUCCCUCGAAGCUCUGCCUCUCACUGGAACGCAUCAAGUCAUACUGGAUUCGCAUGAUGUUUUUAGAUCAGACUUCCUACCACUGCUCCCUUGCUUUAAUGUCUAUAUUAAACUCUUUUGUUUUUGGCAGGGAGCCCGUGUCAUGGGAAGCCACAUACCACCUGGGUCAAGCGGUGGCCCUCGUGAAUGAGAAGCUUGAUACGCCAGACGCUCUAUCGAAUUCGAGCCUGGCAGUGGUCAAUUUCCUCGUCAUACGAGAUAUAUUUAAAGAAGACGAAGCCAGCGCAAAGAUACAUCUAAGAGGUCUGCAGAAGAUGCUGGAACUGCGCGGUGGUCUCUGUAUGGUGGAGGACCGCACUCUAGCUUUGAAAAUAGCCAAAACCGACAUUGAUUUUGCACUUCACUACGGGACCUCAGUUGUUUCAUUUCGGGAUCGCAUGCCCCAGGCUGCCAACAAGUUAGGCAUGCCUACAUGUAGCCUUGUAGGCGGAAGCUCUGCCUUCUCUACCCCAUGCUUGGCAGAGGCAAGCCCAGAUCUAAAGGAAAUGAUUCAUGAUGUAAAUUGUCUUGCGUUUUGGUUCAAUAACGAUGACACCUGUGCUGCUGACCCGGAUGAUCUGCAAGAGAUCAUUGUAUCAGUCGGCUACCGUUUGGUUCAAUUUGACUCGUUGGGUAGUCCUCCCAUGGAAGGUUAUUCGAACUCGGUAUACCAUAUUGGCCUGAUCGCUUUUCUCACCACCCUAUUCCUGCAAACUGGAGGCAAGAGAUUUCUGAAGUAUUACCUCGUUGCUCGGCGUUUACGGGACAUUGUCAAUCGAGGGGAACAUGAGCCGGACAAGAGGCCUCUAUUAUGGCUACUCUUCAUGGGUGGAAUAUCAGUCUUGGAAGAAUCAGACCGCCCAUGGCUACUACAGCGCAUAAAGGAAACUACUCAGUUGUUAGCUAUUGAGAGCUGGACGCACAUGCAGAGCAUCCUGUGCCGUUUCCCGUGGAUUCACCACAUGCAUACUGAGCCUUCUAGACAUCUAUGGGAGCUAGCAGUCCUAAUAUAA